UACACUCACCCAGGAGAGGAGAGUUUAGCAGGAGCGCUGCGUAAAAGACGCGCGUAAAGAAUUAACCAAGAGGCGACUGUGAACUACGGGGGCACGUUUUGAUCACCCUCUACCAAUCUCUCGCCACAUUGGAUCUUUUCCAACAUUUUCACAGCGAAAAGAGGACUUUUUUGUACCCGUGUGAAUCCACUUUUAUCGCUCCGUGUUUGGUUUUCUCUCCCUCUAUGGAUUUAGCCCUCUAAACGGACUUUGCCCAGGGGGAUCGCUGCUCCUUCCACCGGUCACCAGGCAGCUGUCGUUCAUGCUCCUGGGGGCUGUUUUGAUGGAUUUAUAAGCUCGUUUUUCAGCCGGAUACACAACAGCCGAGAGGCGCUCACAGACUGCUUUUUGGGAAAGGUGAUAACAUAACUCCAAAUGAGGAUUUCAAUAUUCACUCGUAUCGCCCGGGACAAGGAGUGAUUUCCCCCCGGUACCACUCAUCUCUGCGCGGACAGACCGGGAGGAAAGGAUCCAGAUUUAGAGACUUUCUCAAGUUUCCAAUGCCAGGGACCGGAGUUUGAAGCCAACUCCAGGCUUCCAACAAACAUAUCUACCUUUUUACACAAGAAGAAACACGUGAAGAAGAUGGCGAGGGUCUGCACGUUCUGUGUUUUUCUGCUCUGUUUGAUGGAAACAGUCUCGGCCAGGGUCAUCGAUGAAGGAAGGCCUAAAGAUCUGCGGGUUUCCAGGCCUCUGAUUAACCCAGGUUACCCAGAAAACACUACAGCUGUGGUGGGCGGUCAGGCAAAGCUGGUGUGUAAAAUCCACCGGCCGGCGUCCACCAAGGUGCAGUGGCUGAAGACGGAGGUCAGCGAGAGCGUAACGCCUACUCUCAGGGCUCUAACGCCUUUGCAGAUCAAUGCAUCGAAGGUGAACACUUUGCAUCUGUCCAACAUCACUCUGGAGGAUGCAGGAGAGUACCUCUGCAUGGCUGAAGGAUCUCAUGCAGGACAGACAGUGCAGGCCAUGCAGGCGGCGUGGCUGGACGUCCUGCCUGGUAUCAUCCUUUCUAAAACUGAGGACUUGACUGUUGCUGAAAUCCCAUCAGAUGUUAUUGAGGACCUGAGUGAGGACACCACCGAGCAUCUUCUGAUCGAUCCGGGAAACGUCCUGAAGCUGCGCUGCGAUGCGAGCACCCGGCCCGGCAUGGCGGUCACAUGGUACAGGGAGGGGGUCCGAGUUCAGCCCACGCCUCGCUGCCAGAUCCGAGGCACCAUCAUGGAGAUCACAGACGUCACGUAUGAGGACUCUGGCGUUUAUGUCUGUGUUCUCCGGGGAACCAAAGAACCCGUGAGGAACUUCACCAUCACUGUGGCAGACUCUUUGGGGUCAGGGGAUGACGAUGAAGACAAUGAUCUGGAGGACUCAUCAGCUGAGAUCGAAAACGACCAGGUUUACAUCUCAAGAGGUCCCUAUUGGACCCACACCCAGCGCAUGGAGAAGAAGCUGUACGCUGUUCCUGCAGGAAACACGGUGAAGUUUCGUUGCCCGGCUAUGGGAAGCCCCUUGCCGAGCAUCCGCUGGCUCAAAAACGGACGAGAGUUUAGAGGCGAGCACCGCAUCGGGGGCAUCAAGCUGAGACACCAGCACUGGAGCCUUGUGAUGGAGAGUGUGGUGCCUUCAGACAGAGGAAACUACACCUGCAUGGUGGACAACAAAUAUGGAUCCAUCACUCACAGCUACGUUCUUGAUGUCCUCGAGCGUUCCCCCCACAGACCCAUCCUGCAGGCCGGUCUCCCCGCCAACACCACAGCGGUGGUGGGCAGCGACGUCCAGUUCCACUGCAAGGUCUACAGCGACGCCCAGCCUCACAUCCAGUGGCUCAAACACAUCGAGAGGAACGGCAGCCGCUACGGUUCAGAUGGGACGCCCUACGUUCGAGUCCUCAAGACCGGCAGUCUGAACAUGUCCGAGGUGGAGGUGCUCUACCUGGCUAAAGUCACCAUGGAGGAUGCAGGAGAAUACACGUGUCUGGCUGGAAAUUCAAUUGGAUUUGCUCACCAGUCCGCCUGGCUCGUCGUCCUUUCAGAGGAGGAAGCAGCAGACGCUCUGGACACCAUGGAGACCAAGUACACCGACAUCAUCAUCUACGCCUGUGGUUUCCUGGCUCUCAUCAUGGCCAUCGUCAUCGUGGUGUUGUGUCGAAUGCAGGUUCACCCCAGAAGGGAGCCGUUUGACGCACUUCCUGUCCAGAAGCUCUCCAAGUUUCCGCUUCGCAGACAGUACUCGGUGGACUCUAACUCAUCGGGGAAGUCCAGUGCGUCUCUGAUGAGGGUGGCUCGCCUCUCGUCCAGCUGCUCUCCAAUGCUCGCUGGAGUCAUGGAGUUUGAGUUGCCCUACGACCCCGUCUGGGAGUUCCCCAGAGAGAAUUUAACGUUGGGUAAACCUCUAGGAGAAGGCUGCUUUGGUCAAGUUGUCAGAGCCGAUGCUUACGGCAUCAACAAGGACUCUCCGGAUCCCGCCUCAACUGUGGCGGUUAAGAUGCUCAAAGACGACGCCACCGACAAAGACCUUGCAGACCUGAUCUCGGAGAUGGAGCUGAUGAAGGUGAUGGACAAACACAAGAACAUCAUCAAUCUGCUUGGAGUCUGCACACAGGAUGGCCCUCUGUAUGUGCUGGUGGAGUAUGCCUCUAAAGGCAGUCUGAGGGAGUACCUGCGGGCGAGGAGACCCCCGGGCAUGGACUACACCUUUGAUGUGACCAAGGUGCCUGAAGAGCAGCUCACCUUCAAAGACCUGCUGUCCUGCGCCUACCAGGUGGCCCGAGGGAUGGAGUACCUGGCGUCAAAAAGGUGCAUCCACAGAGAUCUGGCAGCCAGAAACGUUCUGGUGACGGAGGACAACGUGAUGAAGAUCGCUGACUUCGGCCUGGCCAGAGGAGUCCACCAGAUCGACUACUACAAGAAAACCACCAACGGACGUCUGCCGGUGAAAUGGAUGGCACCCGAGGCUUUGUUUGACAGAGUUUACACACACCAGAGCGACGUGUGGUCUUUUGGCGUGUUAAUGUGGGAGAUCUUCACGCUAGGUGGCUCUCCGUACCCCGGUAUCCCCGUCGAGGAACUCUUCAAGCUGCUGAAGGAAGGACAUCGCAUGGACAAACCCUCCAACUGCACACAUGAACUCUACAUGAUGAUGCGAGAGUGCUGGCAUGCGGUUCCCACCCAGAGGCCGACCUUCAAACAGCUGGUGGAGGAGCUGGACAAAGUGCUGCUGUCCAUCUCUGACGAGUACUUGGACCUGUCGACGCCCUUCGAGCAGUAUUCCCCGUCGUGCGAGGACACGUCCAGCUCCUGCUCCUCUGACAACGACUCUGUUUUUACCCAUGACGCCUUGCCCACCGACCCCUGCCUCCUGGGAUACCAAGACGUGCGCAACCGGAUAGACAUGAAGAAGACACUCACAUAAACUCACCCACACACACAAAGACAUGAACACUACAACACAUCCCCUGGCGGCCAUAUUGGAGGUCCUCAGCUAAGUUAAGUUAAAGUUUAUAUUCAUGAAGUUUUCCUUGGACCUCCAUUAGGGCACCAGAUUAAGCCUUUAGAUAUAGACUGAGGCUUCAUUACAAGAUGAAGGAACACGUAACGUGGUACUUUGGACUAUCAGCUCUGGCACUGUGCACAAGAACAGUUGUUAUCGUUGGAAAACUGCGGCACUAAACACCACAGAAGAAGACAAAAUCGCCUCGAAAUGCUUUCUUUGAUCAAGUUUCCCUCAGAGAGGUGACGGACUAUGACCUCCUCACACAACCCAAAACCAGGCGAGAAAGCUCGGUGGUAAAGACAUUUUUAUCAAACAAAAAAAGAUUUAUUUUGCUACGGUAAAAAAAGGAAGAAAGUGAUUGUUAAAUAUAAAUCUCUCUAUAUAAGAUUAUUUUACUUUUGUGUUGCUUAUUUAAAAAGAAAAAACAGUCUUAAAUCUCAGGAUCUCUUGUGCUAAGAAGUUGCUGUAGCGGCAGCAAAGUGCCUGAAUUUAUGAUUUCCUGUGAAUAUAUUAGAAUAUUAAAAUAUUGUAUGUAAAUAUCAACAGCAGAAAAAGACGAUUGCCUUUUAUAAAUUAUUUUGAUGACACAAAAAAUGAAGGUUAUUGGAGGGCGAAAGGAGAGAGGAAUUUUAAUCAAGUGCCAAACCUGUCUCAGCUGUCUUGUUUCAUUCCAAAAUAGUCAAUUCAGAAAAAGAUUUUUACCCAAUUAUCCCAUAAAUUGAAACAUUGGAGUCACCCCAAAAUCCAGAAUAUUUGACGCUGUUAAAAAUUGCUUUACUUCAGCAAAAUGUGCAGAACAACGACCAAAAUUUCGACAGCUCAAACCUCAAAUAUAUGUGGUCAAACAUGAUGGAUUGAGCCUUUAAAAGAUUGUUAAAGUUUUGGAAUGAAACCCUGUAUUUGUCAUUUUGCCGUAAAUUGUUUUGACUUCAGUCAUUAGUGGUCGAAUACCAGAAGGAUUGUCAUUUCUUGUUGCCGUUGUUGGAGGAAAACCACCAAAAAAUGUCGAAUGCAUAGUUUUAAAAAAAGUUCUCCAAGGUCAUCAACAUCAUUGAACAAUCACGUAAACUGUGAGACAACAUCACGUGGUUCUUCCUCCAACAACAGCUCCCAUUGUCACAGACAGUGUGUCCAGACCCUGAAAAGAGGACCAACGAUUCAGCCCAAAUCCACUGUCACUGCCUAAAGGAGAAGGAGGGGUGGGGGGGGAACUGAAUGUGAAAGCCAGUGUGAUUGAUUUCAAAUAGAGGAGAAGGGGGAGGGAGCCUCCUUUGUCUGGCGGUAACCCUUCACCCUCCCAAUCUGCUGGCGAGGGGUCUUCAGGUCCGCAGCCUGCGCGGACAAUGAAGGCUUUGCAGGAUUAAUGGGUGUGACUGCGGACCAGAGGGAGCUUUUUUUUGUUGGGUGGAGGUGGUGUGGGGAUAGCUUGGGCUUGUGUGCAAAUGAAGAGGCUCUUAUUAUGGUAAUGUGUCCUCUUCUGUCCUAAAACGCCCCUAUCUUUAUCCCCACAGCAGCCCACCAUCUUUUAAAAUUACACACAUUUUAAUUCAGAUUUGCCACCAGGACCAGCUGCGGAAAAUUCCCCUGUGGGGUAAAACAGCCAAGACACCGAAAUCUGAACAUUGAGACAAAAUGAGAGAAAGAGAUUUUAACAAAAGAGAUAACAUUGUUUAAAUUUACCAAACACUAUGUAAUGAUUUUGGUUUGAAAUGUGGCUGUUUUACACCCAAGCUGUUUUUCCUCUGGUCCCGUUUCUUGAUCUAAUCAUCGUCCUGUCUGUGAAACCAGUCAACCAUUUAAUCUAUGAAGGAUUUGUGCAUCUUCUCUCCUCAUUUCUUGUUUUUUUCCCAUGCUGUCAAUCAUCUGGUGUCUCAUUUUGGAAUGAAGCUCUUUACAUUUACAUGCAUAACCACAAAGUGUCCGGACACAUCUGCAUCUUUACAUUCCAGUUAUCUGCUCUCCUCCCAGAUAAAAACUGUAAACAAUCACAGCGUUCUUAAACAUUUCCUCAAGAGAAUUAUUUUAGAAAUAUCUAAUUUAUUUGUUUAUUGUUUUGUUUUUAUAUGAAAUAAAGUAUAAUUUAAAAUAAAGCAACUCUUUGUCCUUGUCAUGUUGGCUACACUCAUGUUUUCAUUGGAAACCUUUAACCAAUACCAGAUGAAUGUAUAUUAAAGGGAUUACAUUGUUCUUUAUUUAAUUAAAUCACCUUUCUUG